UUAGGUUCUCAAAGCUUUGAGAAUCCUGAUGUCUUUCCAUGGAUUUCAUGAGUCUCUGAGAUCUGCCGUCGCACACGAGGUAAGAAGUCCACAUUGCAACGGUAUGUGCUUAGGUCAUCCGAUGCCCAUCGAUGCUGCCUUUUCAAUCUCGUAGCUUUAUACAGAUCCUGGUGCUCACAAAGAAGGCAAAGAGGGAGUCAGCAGCUGCUGCUUCGUGGGUUCUAAUCGGAGUUCAUUCAUGCGAACAGGUGGUACAGCUCUUCCGAACGUUAUCUGGGCACCCUCAUCUCGCGAAAUAUGUCCGAAAGCUUGAUGAUUGGGUCUCGCUAGCCAUACUGCGCUGUCAAACAACGUGUCACUUGCCCUCAACUGGGAGAGCUCGAGAUCAACGGCCAGCACUACUACCAUCUAUACCAGCCUUUCAUGUUGGAAGCUCGCCAGCCUAUACCGGAUAUCGCUCGUGCUCUCCGGCUCCAUACUUGAUCAAACCAAAACAGCUAUACAUUGCCGGGUGUCCCAAGGUCACGUACAAGGAUAUAGAACGUCCUUGCAUCGAACAGUCAUGGUUUGCGUGCCCUUAGAAUGGAAGCCUCUCACCUGCGUUCGCGCGUGCACCCACUGUGCAAGCGACAAC